CCCCCCCAUGUCAUUUCCAAGCAGACAGCCUGGAGCUAUUACUAACGUUAGUUUUCGCAAAGAGCUAGGGACCGCCUGUGUUCUUUUUCAGUCGUCAGCAAAAAGGAUCCUUCAAAACAAAACAUUCCUUCCUUCCUCGGCCACAGCUCGUUAAUCAUAAAACUCGACAGACUGUUGGACUGUUGUGUGGUGAAGUUCGCCUCCUCUGUCCUCAGCAGUCUCUCCGCGCCAAUGAUGAAGACUGGCCUCCUGGUACAGAUUAACGAUGGAAAAUGUGACACGCACAUACUAACAAAGGUGAAAAUGUUAAUCAAUAAACAAAAUGAAUGCUUGCUUAAGGUUCAGAGUCUUCUGCACAGGAAGGCUGGAAGAUCGAUACAAGAUACACUCAUCAAGACUCUUAUAAUUCUCUGCACGGCAAUCACACUUCUUCUGUCUUCCAUUUCUGUCUGCUAUGGUCACUGGCUAUUUGUAGAUGGGAAGAUAUUUGGACUCUGGCAUUUUUGCAUUUUAGAGUUUGACCAGAAGGCCCAGUGUACAGCUGAUAUCAGCGUUGCUAAGGUUGAUGGUUUAUACACCGGCCUAGUUUUCACACGGAUUACCGUCACUCUUGCCGUCGUGCUGGCAAUGUUUGGCUUGGAGAUGCUAAUCACUUCUCAGCUUUGCCAAGAUGACUACACCAGAGGCAAGUGGACCUUUGGCUCGAAACUGACUCUACUAUCUUCCUUCAUGAUGUCUAUUGGCAUGUUGACCUUUGCCGUUCUGUUAUCGAACUAUAUUACAUUCACCGGUUUAAGUUUAGCAUUCUGGUGUGAAUUCAUUGCCACUUGUCUUGUUUUCCUCAGCAGUAUUAGUGGUCUUCAAAUUUACAUGAUCCCCUCAGCUAAAGAUAAUUCAGUAGAUGUAUAAUUGUUCUAAUUCCCUACUUUUGUAAAAAUAAGCUUCCUUGUCUGUAUAUCUGAAAUGUGUAUGCGAGUGCAAGCUCUGUGAUGUUGUUAACCUACCAUUUUGCUUUAUUUAAAAACUUACUGCAUUUUAUAUUGUAGUCUGGGCUUUUGCAUUUCUCCCUUUCUACAACGAGUUAAUAAAUAUGAUACAGAUAUUCUUCUUCUUGAGACAA